CAGGAAAGAAGGAAGGAUCGCGCACACACCACCGAUGGACACGCAAAAAGAGGCAGAUCAACGGAAAGAAAUUGCCACACGGACGUUCCGAUCUGUGUGGAUUACGGAGUGUGCGCGAACCGUACGGAUGUACGUGCAUACAUUCACCAUUCCACCGCCGAGGUAUGUAUGGACAUCAUCACACAGACGCUCAUCCCAUCCGUGUGAGACAUAACUGUAUGUCUGCACACCAACGGCAAAAAAUGUAUCUUCUCCUACAGACACAUGCCUGCCUGCCUCACUGCAAGCGACGUCAGUCAAGAGGCCGCUUCUCUACCCCCUACACAGCCGACAUGCACACGCAUAUUGAUGCCAUCCAUAUCUGUGUCUGUUAGCACAAAGUGCGAGUGUUGGUGUCUGUGUCUUAGUGUGCAUGGUGUGCGUGUGAAAUGGGCCUCAUCAGCCGACGCACAGCAGCACACAUCCAAUCAUCCACCCAUGCAUGUACUCACCAAGCAACUGUCGGCAUCUAUGCUGCGUAUGUGUUCUUGUGUGCUACUGCAUACAGCCUGAACACAUACAUACACCCACGAGGGCGAUGGAUGCAUUCCUCUGCCUCUUCCCGGCAGUUAGCUUGGUCCGCGGAGCAACGUCCUGUGUGUCGAUGCUGGAGUUGUUGCCGACCUCUGUGCCGUUGCUGGCUGAAAGUGUACUUCCCGGCAGAGGCCGCCCGUGCCCCUGCCCGAAACGCCAAUUUCAAGAAGCAGGAGGGGGAAGAAUAGCGAGACCCCGAUAUUGCCACAUGUCGGUUCUCGAAUGCGACUUGGGCGUCGGGUGGGCAGCACGCGUUGUGUAGAGAGGCGAGGGACUGCAAGAUGGGAAGGACAGUGCUGUCGAUGACGAAGAAGCGCAUCGCCACUCUCAGCUGAUUAAGGGACCGGCAGCACCCACGCGAUGUGAGUGCAGCCUACACGGAGAAACACCACCACCAAUGUGGUGAGCCGCGUCCAAAUUUAGCCCGUCUUGCACGUGCAUCUUUUUGAUUACUUACCUGCAGUCUGUCGACCACUGCACGGCCGCGACCGGCAGCAGUGAAGCCCAGCUGGAUGGUUGCGAUACUCUGCAGACGUGCAAGUGGCUGCCCUGGGCACGCGCUCGAACAUACCGACACACGCCUCACCCAGCAGCCGGUGACCGCCCACGUGCUGCAGCGACUGUGACGAGGCCCACCACUCCCACUUUCUCUGCUCCAGGCGCUCCAGUGAUGGCAUGCGCCACCCUCUGUUGGCAAGGCCGUGAUGAUUGCGAAGGAGGCCGGUGAUGGUCGUGAGCGCAUCGAGCGAUGGGGGGGACGAGGGGCGCCAGAUGGUGACGGCCGACGGCAUCCCUCCAAUGUGAUGGUGUGCAGGGUGCCGUCCUGGAUGUUGGCUGCUCUCCGGCCGGUAACAUGACCCUCGAUCGCGGUGAUGAAUACUUCAAUGCACCACAGAGCCGCGCCCACGGGUAGCGGAGAGUGAUUGUCGUCAGCCGGGUAAGUUUCUUCGACCAUUCGAUGAGAGAGAGAGAGAGAGAGAGAGAGGGACCCGCUGCCACACCGACUGCUCGUUCCUGUUCCUGCUGUUGAUGGUGAGGUGGCUGUGUGUGGGUGCUGUUUGCUCCAAGGCCGUGAUCGAUAGCAGGGCGAGCAGAUAGGCAGGAAAGCCGUGAUGCAGUUGACAAGACCAGGCUGCACAAAGACAAAGACACACAGAGAGAGCGACAGUGAGUUUAAAUGAGGUGCUUUAUUCGCCGUGAUUGUCUGCCUCAGUUCUUCCUUUCUCUUUGCGCGUCGGCCAUCCUCAUCUCUAGCGGCUGCCGCCCCACACACACACACAGGAGCGAACGAUGCGCUGACACACAAUGAGGCUGCCGGUGCGGCCUUGCUUGGCCUGACAUCCCACGCACACGACGCAGAAUUUGGAACGACGAUAGCCUGUCAUCCACUCAUUCAUGUAGCGCUGCAAACUAGGGGGGCUG